AAAUAAACAUUCAAAUUUAGAAAAGCCAAAUAAAAAUCUCUAUAUAUAUACGCACCCUUUCUUCUUCCUUCUCUUUUUCUAUCCAAUCCUUUCCAAUUCACACGUCCCAUAACAAAAAAAAACCCAAAAAAAUGAACACUCCAAUAAAACUCGCCUUUCUAAUUCUAUGCAUCGCCCUAACCGCAACUGCAUCCAUUAUCCCCCUCAAACGUGACGCCGUCACACCGGAACACGAAAAAACCGUGGCAGGAAUCUGCAGCGUUGUCCAAGACAAACGUCUCUGUAGCAUAACCUUGAAAACCGUCCCAAGCAAUGAUCCCGACGUUUUGGUCCGUCACUUAGCGACGGCAGCAGAAACCUCCGUUAAAAAGGGCUUGAAGUUCCUCUCCGGAAUCAAACCCAAGUACAAGGGAGACAAAUUUGCCACAACUUGCAUCACCAGUUGCGAGAAACAGCUAAACAACGCCUUGGAAGACUUUUCAGAUUUCUGGAAAGCCGCGGGAAAAGACAUAGCGAGCAUGGCUGAUAAUUACUUCACUUGUAAGAAGAAGAUGACAUCGAUCUUCAACUACCAGUCGAGUUGUCUCGAUGACAUUUACGACAAAACAUUGUUGAAAGAGGUUCAAGGAGGGAUUGGGCUUGGGAAAAGAAUGAGUGGCGAGUCUGUGGAUGUGUUCGCUGGAAUGGGAAAAGUAUUUAACACUCUUAACAUUAAGACCAAACUUAACCAGAAAGAUACCGAUUCGUUGCUCCCACCACCUUUGUCCUUUUACUACGUCUGAUCUAUUUAUUGAAGAAAAAGCAAAUAAAAAUGUAUGGCGUCGUCGAUGGUGAUAAAUAAUCUGAAUCUUGUAAAGAAGGUUCCUUUUGAUGUAUGUUUGUGAUUAAUAUGUUAUGGGUGAUAAUCAUGUAUGGACCCUCGUGGCUGGAAAGGAUAUGGAAAAAUGUGAUUAUCUAAUAUUAAUAAUGUAUUUGGUAUACUAUCUUUUAUAUGUCUGCAUUUUAAAUUUUCUUUUUCC